AUGGAGAAAUUCAGCGCCUACAGAGAUGCGGGCACAGGAAUACAGCCCUUCCUGACACCUGUUCCCCCUGCAGGGGGUGAAUUUCUAGCCCAAGCUACUAUUCCACUUCGGUACCCAUUGGCGGUGGUUAGGACCAUGUUGGUCCUGGUAAUUUCCUUGCUUUAUUUGGUGACUGUGCAAGGCGCUUGCUUGCUAUUGUUACCACUGCCGCCACUCUAUGACUUCAUUACACACAUUUUGACCUAUGCUCUUGGUCGGACCGCUCUCUUCAUUCUUGGACUGUUUUGGAUACCCGUGGACUAUACCACACGAAAACGAGGGAAGAACGUCAAGGAUGCUAUAGCCUGGAACCCCAAGGCAGGGGAUCUCAUUGUCUCAAACUGGGCAUCCUGGAUUGAGAUUGUAUGGCUCGCUAUCCGCUUCAACCCAAUAUUCGUUGUUCCUAUCCCGGAAAAGGACGUAUCCUUCUCCAACGCUUCUGGGGGAUCGCCGAUAGCCUAUAGACCUGGUCGCCGUACGGGCACAGGUUCCGCAAACAUCAACCAGGUUUCAAGGACGCAAACUCAACGCAUACCCAUUGCUGGCUUCAAGAAGGCCUCUCUUUGGGAAAUGAUUAUGUCGACGGGCUACGCUCCUUCUCCACGUGGCUCCGAAACUGUCCACUCCCUCGAGGAAAUUCGCAAAUCCUCUCGCAGGCCUCUCGUCGUGUUCCCAGAAUGCACAAGCAGCAACGCCCGGGGGUUAUUGCGCUUUGCGGAUGUUUUCAAAAAAGAUGUUCCUAUCAAGGGAUACAACGUUCAUGUCCUUUGCGUUCGUUAUGAUCCCCCGACAGCGAUGACACCAACCCCCUCCCAUUCCAUUCCUUCAGGGAUCUUAAACCCCCUUCCCCACGUCUUCACCCUGGCCACUUCCCUGUCUCCUGUGGCCAUCUCCGUUCGUCUCUUGCCUCUCGCAGAAUCACCAAGUUCGCAGCUCUUUGUUGCCAGCGAGAUCGUUUCCGGAGACCCAGACGAGGACCAACUUGCUGAGAGUUGCGCAGUUCUGAUAGCCCAGAUCGGAAAACUCAAACGCACAGGCAAAGGGUGGGAGGACAAAACCAGCUUAUUGGAACUCUACUUCGGUAGGAAGAAGUAA